CUUCCCUCUUCCACUUUUCAUCAAGGCAAUCGCUUCAAGUUUCUGAAAUGGACGACAUCCAUAGUUCUUCCAGGGACUCGGCCCGGAAGAAAAGGAAGUAUCUUCCAGGUACCUCUAGUGCAAGGAGUGUUGAUGGACCUGGAGUAUGGGUGAGCUGUGUCAAAGGAAAGGAGAAAAAAACUGUCGGAGAGCUCUAUGAUUUAUUCGAAUCGCUAGCUCUUGGAUUGUGGCCCCUCGAGGGUACUAGUCCGGACGGUUCUGAUAGCGAAGAGAACGAAGGCAGUCACGGCGAACCGCUUGAAGACCAAAUCUCAAACGAGAUCGCCGCAAUGAAAAAACCACGAACUGAAAAAAGAUUUGUCAACUGUCGGACGGACACACCAUGCGUUGUCUUCAUCUCGUGCAAACCGCCUGUUGAUCCUGUCAAACUUGUGGAGACGCACAUCCAAAAUGUCCAACGCACGGGGGCUCCUCGUACAAGGUAUAUCCAUCGAUUCGUCCCGGUGUCUGGCACAUGUUACACUAGAACCGAAGACAUGCAGGCCUUGGUUCGAAAGAUAAUCUCCGAGUAUCUCGCUCGACACCCUGAGAGUUCCUCUACGACGUACAAAAUAGAGUUACGGAUUCGGAAUCAUACCUCCCUAACCCGCCCCGUUAUUAUCAAAAUGAUCGCUGAAUGUAUUCCGGAGAGCCUCAAAGUUGACUUGACGGAUCCGCAGAUUUUUGUUCUCGUGGAAAUUUUCAAGAGCGUUUGCGGUAUUGCUAUAACUAAGGACUAUUAUACCCUUCACAAAUAUAACGUGAUGGAACUAGCUACUAGAAACAGUGGAAACGAAGUAGGUCGGGUGUAGUAAAUACAGCCAGAAUACUUAUCUGCAGCCGACCAGGAUCCUUGUCAAUUGAACAG